UCUAAUCUAGCUCGCAACUGCUCCGGUUCGUCAUUCUACGGUUGAAUGUGGACGAUAGCGGAAGUGUUUUCCGUGUUCCAAAAUAUUCUUGCCUUUUGAAUCUACAAGUUGGUACCUACACUUCCCAGUUGUAACAUAUUCAAAUUCUGUCCGUCGGGAACUCGUGUUUUAGAUGAAAGUGUUAAUGCGUAGAGUGAAAGCAAAUUAGUGAAGUUAGUUAAUGCCAUUGAGCAUCUGAAUGAGUUAGUGCGAUAAUCAGAGUACGAAAAGAUAGAAGUCUGAAGAAAUUUGUUCAUUAGUAGAGAAGCAUACUAAUUAAGUUGAUGUACUCGCUCUGAUAUAACGCUGGUGAUUGCACAUAUACAUUAUUUCCAGUGGCGAAGUGUUGCUGCAAAGUGCACUGUUUGAAACCGCGAUAGGGUGUUGUUUGAGUGACGUCGUUUAUACUUAGCUGAAAAAGGUGAAUGUUAUAUGUACCAGAUGCAAUAGAAUUAGUAGUGCAUAUAUUAGACCAAGAAUAGUGUGCAGCUAUGAGUGUGGUGUAAGUCACGUUCGCUAUCUUGUUAAAAUACAAACGCGAAAACCGUAUACUUGUGUGCUGCAUUUAUCAAGCUUCAUUGGAUUCAUUCAUUGGAGAGCAUCAUCGUCGGACUAAGGACUAAACUCGAUCAGCUGCGUUUGUUGGGACGUCUAAACGCUGCCAUACAAAAGUGUUAGAGAAUGAAAAGUAGAUUCGCCUAAUAAGCCGGGUUGAUUGCAUGCAUCAUCUUGAAACUGAAGAAUCUUCCCAAGCCAACAGACUGGUCAGUGGUCACUGAACAAUCUAACCGGAUGGUGUUUAAGACUAUGGACGUUUGCUGCUAAAAUCACACGGAGGAAUAAGGAUCUUGGAAGCUAACUACAAUCUAAUGCAUGUGUCUUUAGUAUAUUUGGGGUCAUUGAAUCCGGCGCUUGACAAUAUAGUACGCCAAUAUUGAUGACGAUUUGGGAUAUUUAAGAAACAGUUCUUGUCCAUGCUUCAUGGCAAAUUAAAAUGUUUUUCUGGCAUUCUUAUAGGUUUAAACUAAUACCUAUAUAUGGUUGUUCCGUAAUCAGAAGACUACAUAAUUAUUGAAUAUUCAAAUAGUAUGUGCAAUGAAAUUUGUUUUGAGUGCUGGAAUCCAUAUUUCAAGGCUUUCAAAUUUAGCUUGCAAAUAUUGGUCGUACUACAUAAAACAUACUCAACUGAGAACGAAUUCAAGGACCGAAAUUUCACUAAAGACAUGAAUCUUUCAAUUGUGUACAAAAUAUUUGCGCUGUUUUAUUUCGGCUGUAUUUUAAUUAUUUUCAGGCUAAACAGUUAAAUGGAUUCCUUCGCACGCUCCGGUGCACACGUUCCCGUUUUUACUGCUGCAUUAGUGACAAACCGAACAAACAUAUACUGUUCAACGCCUACGCCAUAUUCACCAAUAACGGGAAUUACAGUUCGUUUUUUCGUUUGAGCAUCAUUGGAGUCCUACGCAGCAGUAUUUGAGAGCAGAUUCAGCGCAAACAGGCAGCGUGUAAAUUAGUGGCUACCAGGUAACGAAAUAAGCGGAGAAGGAUGGAAUGGCUGCUCGCAAAUCCACAAAUCAAUAGCACUUUUGGUUCGCUUGGUUCAUUUGUGGAUGACAUCUAUCUGGUGAACGACGACGCCUUAAGGACGCUUGAAGAAAUCAUUUGCAAGCUGGCGCUUGAGGACACAUCACUGAGAACAUUUCGUCGAGCGAUUGGCUUUGGUCAGAAUGUUAAGAACGAUAUUUUACCUCUGUUGGUUAACACCAAAGAUGCGGAAAUAAUCGAUACAACAAUUCGGUUGCUGGUGAACUUGACGGUUCCAAUAGAAUGUCUGCUACCAGUAGAACUAUUUUCCAAAUCGGAAAUAGGUUGUCAUACAAUAUUUGAGUUGAACAAACUGUUGGUCACCAGUAAGGAAGCUUUUAUUGAAUGGAAAACUACGAAAGCAGUGGUCGAUCAUAUGAAAACAAUUUUGGAAAAGGAUUCAAAAUUAUCGAUAGAUAAUUGUGACAGCAUUAACAAUUGCCUGUUGCUAUUGAGAAAUAUUCUACACAUACCAGAAGGCAAUGCAACAAGUGGACCUGGUCCUCAUCAUCAGAAUUCCAAUCAUAACACUUCCUUCCAAAAUCAAAUAAUAUGGAACUUAUUCACGCAAAGCGUCGACAAACUGCUCAUCCAUCUCAUGUCAUGUCCUCAACGGGCAUACUGGGCAGUCACUAUGGCUCAGCUGAUAGCAUUGAUGUACAAGGACCAACACAUGAGUACUUUGCAGAAACUGUUGAAUCUUUGGUUCGAAUCAACAUUAUCGGAAAGCUCAGAAGACAAUGAAAGUAAUACAUCUCCACCGCAGCAGUGCAGUGGUGAUUCCAGUCCUAUGCUUACUUCGGAUCCAACGUCGGAUUCCUCAGACAAUGGUAACUAUACAGCAAACAUCAUCCUUUUCGGUGUUAUUGAUAGAGAUUUUUCAACAGGAAGUGGCAAAAUGCCAUCAUCAAUAAGCAAGGCUACUGAUGAAGUUGACCAAGCUAGUCGAAAAACUGCAGAAUAUCCUUCGCAGAUUAUCAUGGCCAGAGUAAUCAAAUCCCACCAAAUGUAUCACCAAUCAAUCAAGGUUAUCGAGGGAGUCAGCUGCUUUGUGAAACAUCCAUCAUGCAUCAAACCUGUAACGCAGAGUGAACCAUCGUCAACCAAACAGGUUAUCGAUUCUAAACAAGUCAAACCACUUUCCGUAAGUCCUGAUUUACUAGAUGAAAUACACACUGUGCGACCAUCCUUGCAGAUACAACCGUUGCAGAAGUCACCCACUCCAGUAAGCUCCAGUCCGAAAAGUGAAACUGAAAUUUCAACUUCAGAGGGGGCUAAUAAACCUGCUUGUUCUGGCGACAAUAAUGUAUUUACUCAACCAGGGGAAGAUUCUAUUCCCACUAAUUCUAACACAAAGGCGAAAUUACCAGCCUCAACAACAAACGGUCAAACCCAAAAGGAAAAGAAUCAAAUUUCUCAGUCGGAGACGUCGGAUUGUGGGUAUGGAACUCAAGUGGAGAAGGAAUCCAUUUCAACGUCUAGCAACGAAGAAGAUGGGCCUAAUCAGAAGCCGUUGCAUCAAAAGCCACCCCCAAAUCAGAAGCAGCGCUUUAACGCAGCGAAUAAGUCACGGAAUCCAACUACGAUUCAUGAGAAGAAAGAACUUCGCAGGAAAAAGCUGGUGAAGCGCAGUAAGAGCAACAUUAUCAACAUGAAAGGAUUGAUGCAUCACGCCCCGAGCGAUGAUGAUAUCUCUCAUAUCCUGAAAGAGUUUACAGUGGACUUUUUGCUCAAAGGGUACGGCUUUCUCGUACAAGAGCUUCACGCACAAUUGCUGUCCGAUUUGCAGGUACAAAUCGAUACAUCACACUUCUUCUGGUUGGUGACCUAUUUCCUGAAGUUCGCCUCCCAGCUCGAGCUUGACUUGGAGCACAUCAACACCGUUCUGUCGUUCGAAAUCGUCAGCUAUCUUGCCUACGAAGGCGUCAUGCUGUGCGAACAGCUGGAGCAACUGAACCGCGAGCCACACAACGAUCUGUUGCCGUGUCUGAGAAGGAUUCAUUUGGUCGUUACAGCUAUCCGAGAAUUUUUGCAGGCUCUCGACACUUACAAGAAAAGCUCGCACUUAACUAAGGAGGACAAGGACAGGUUGAAACUUUUGCAGCUGCAGAUUUGUGCAACGGAGGACUUGCGGUGUUUGUUCGUGCUCUUACUGCGAUGCUAUAAUCCAAACGUACAGAGCCGGCAGUAUUUGCAGGAUUUGAUUGUAACCAACCACAUUUUGCUUCUGCUCUUGGAUGGAGUGCAGGGAAUUGCCAAAGCUAACAAUGGUGAUAUGUUGGUACACAUCAAACAAUUUGCAACUGUAGAGAUUAUGCAUCAAUAUGGACUGUUGUUGGAGGAUUUUCGUGAUAAUGGGGCAUUUGUAAACGAUUGCAUCUUCACUAUGAUGCACCACGUUGGUGGUGACUUGGGACAGAUUAAUGUAUUAUUUCAACCAAACAUACUUAAAACCUAUUCCCAAAUUUGGGAAACAGAGUAUGAGAUCUGUGAUGAUUGGUCUGACCUUAUCGAGUAUGUUAUUCACAAGUUUAUUAACACCCCUCAACCCAGUCCACUGGCAAGCACGUUACCUGAAAUAAGUACUCAACUGUUGUCCGGUAUAAAUCCAUGGACACAGGAAGAAAAAGACUCACUGCAGUGGUAUUACGUGCAGUGUAAGCAAAGCUCUUGUUUGGUAGCAGAUAUAUUAAACCUAUUCCAAGAGAGCGGUAACCAACAAAAAACACGAGUUUCCAUUAUCGAACAACUUUGGGAGCAGGAUAUCAUUUCUUUGAUGCAGUAUGAUGAUCUGAUGAAAGUGGAAAAUCCUGGAUAUGAACGUAAUGUACAAACUCCGGCAUUUUCUGUGGCGUCCUGCAAUUCUGGGAAACGAGAUGAUGAGAAUAAGACUCCUUCAAUGGCUAUCGAUGACAUACAGGUUUUACGGGAUCGUUUGCUGAAGGAAAACAAAAGCAACAUGAUUGUAUGGUUGCAGAAAAGUCUGCUUAAUUGUUGCUUUGUCAAACUGAAUGUUCUCAGUGGCAACAUGUACAUUUCAUCCAGCAUUGAUGAAAACAGCAACGUGGUGGUUAUGGAAUCUGUUUCUUAUCAUUGCAUCACGAAAAAGCAGUCUAUUCCAGUCGUUCCGUGGAAUCAAGAGCAGUUUUCCAUUCUAACUUACCAACCGUUUGUGUUAUUAUUGCAUAAACUUGGGUUCCAUUUGCCUGCCGAUGCUAAGAAGAUGUUUGUACGGAUUCCAGAAUUUUGGACAGCCGAUAUUUUGUACAACAUUGCACUCAAGUUGGGCCCAGUGGAACAAUCCAUUAUCAAGUUCGAUCUAAACUGUCUGCAGAAGGUGUUGUUAAUGGAGAAGGACGUGAAGGUUGAGCCUGGACCGAUGUCAAAUAGCACUCUGGAUGGCUACACUGUCCUUGCAAGGUCAAACAAGCAAAAUCCUGUCAACAGUUUCACUUCUGACACUAAUACGGGUUGGCUGCAUGUUGUAAUGAGAAAUAAAAAUGUUGACACUGCACGGUUGGUGGAUAUGCCUGGACCGUCGAAGGUAAUUGAUUCGGCGAACGUUGUUCAUCCAAGCGCUAAAGCGGCUUCCUCACCUACGGUGAUCACCCAAUCCAAGCUGACCCACGAUUUGUCGGUGAUUGUCGAAGCUUCGAAUGACGACGAAGUUCCCACCGAGGACGACGUCAAUGCUGAUGACGAUGAUGAUGAUGAUGAUGAUGACGAUGCACUGGAGGGGCCAUGCCUUGAAGAGCAUGACGUAGUCAGUGCCUGCGAGACGGCGUCGGUGGCUUCUGAUUUGACUCGGAUGUAUGUUAGUGAUGAAGAUGACAAGCACGACAUCGUACCGUCGUCGAUCCUGUAAGCAGCAUCAUACCCAUUAUGCACCGACAUCGCCAUAAUCAUCAGCAGAUUAUGAUCCAGCGUCCCUGAUGAAACUUGCUCGUAUCGAAGCUCAACAUGUCAAUGUUGAUAUAUCACAUCACGGUGCUUUUAUUCAGAACCGCAGCAGAAUGACAUUGACUCUUUUAAUAUUGCUUAGUCUUCGUGUCCUUGUUAAAAUUAGUGAAAAAAUCAAUGUUUUCAGAUGAUGUAUUCAAUGGUAUACCAUGUUUAUCGGUUAAGGAAGUUCAAUGGAAUAACAAAUGAAAUUUAGAAGCCGUAGCUGACAUUUGGGAUUCAAUAGAUAAAAACACACUGUAAGAACAACAAUUAAAUAAAUCGAAAUGUGAAACGAGCUUGGUUGGAUUUUGUUUCCAGGAAUGUGUAAUUAAUGGGCUGAUAGGAAUGCGACUGAUUAGUAUUUAUCAAAUCGAGAAUGCCACUUCAUACGUACCCAUGUUGGGUUUUUUGGAAAAUCAUAUCAAAAUUUUGUGGAAAAUAGGAAAUGCACUUUUUUUCAACAUUAUCUAAUCAAUUAUUUAUCCAAUGCAUAUACAAUACCAUGUCAAUUGUCAAAAAGUGAUCCCAACGUACUAUGCUGAAGAAUCAAAGGAUGUUUUCAAACAUUUACUGUCAAAUGCUCUUGAUUUACAGAACAAGAAAAAACCAUCACAGUUUACCGCUAUGAUAUGGAGGCUUUCUAAAAUUGUUAUUUUAUAUUUUCUAAUAAAAAAAAAUAAACAGAUCUGGACAAAUCCACACAGCUAAAAAUAUGUUGUAAAUUUCAGUUUAUUUUCAUGCACAUAUUUCGAGCAUCAAAAUAAACUGAAAUGUCAAAGACAUAUCGCUUAUUUUUCAAUCGAAUGCACUUUAUAUUUGCACGAUCAUGUAAACAUUCAAGCAUAUUUAUUUGAAAAUUAAACGUGAUGCUGUAACAAUAGAUGAGUUUGAUUUACUUUUACUAUACUCUUCUGUUUACGCUACAUUGAAAUUUGAAUAUUUUUAUCUGUGCAGACGUGAAAUAUCUUUCUAGUUCAAAAGCAUCAUUCUGCACUGCAAUUGCGUCAUGAGUUUCUCAUGAUGGGGGUAUAAUUUUAUACAACGAGGGUUCGCUGAUAUGUAAAUGGUAUUAUUGCUUAUUUUUUAGCUGUUUCUGCUCAGUACAUUUCAUCGGAACAGAUUUUGUGAUAAACAUAUACCUGACAGCGCUUUAUAUGCAAAUGUAACGUGAAUUGGAUGACAUCAACACUAGUAAUCAAACCGAAAUGAGAUGGUGGCUCGAUUCGAUUUUGCUUUCAGGGAUGUAAUUAACAAUGACAUUUCAUGUUCUAUUAGUAUUCCUUGAAUCGGAAAUGAAGAAUCACAAAAAUAUCGGUAUGUUUCGUUCCCACACACACACACA